CAUAUCACUAUCGGAACAUCGCUCGACAACCUUGUUCUCCUUCGGAAAGACCGCCAAAGUUGAUUUCUACGUAACUGCCCGAGAUUAUCCGAUCUCUUAAACUUUGGACAGAGUUAUCUAUCUUGAUCCAAAAUGUCUACCGAUGAAAAUUCAGCUACGAGUUCUCAGUCUCAACCGGGAUCUGGGGCCCCUCCGCCGGAGGUUAAAACGGCAGGAAUUCCGCUAAGUGAUUUUGUACUUCAACUGGAAGAUUAUGCGCCAACUAUACCAGACUCUGUUACCGGGUUCUAUCUAGGCAGAGCAGGUUUUGAGGCAUCAGAUCCACGGAUAAUUCGCCUCAUCUCAUUGGCUGCACAGAAGUUCAUCUCUGACAUCGCGAAUGAUGCUCUACAACACUGCAAGAUGCGGGCUUCAGGCCAGAGUUCGAAGAAACAAGGGAAGGACAAGAAGCAUAUUUUGACAAUGGAAGACCUGACACCUGCACUUUCAGAGUAUGGUAUUAAUGUAAAGAAGCCAUGUUACUUCUACUGAAGACCAACAGCCACACUCAUGCUUGGUGUCGUUCUGUCAUUGCUCGGGGAACUUUCUGAAAUGUUUCGGGUUCUUCCAGGUGCUGAUCAAUUUACUAACAGGGAUCUUUAAGAAACUAACUUGGUGAAUCUAAGUUACUCUUUUAGAGUAAUUUGAAAGAAGAUUUUUAUUUCAAACUAAUUUAUAAUACUGAUGAUACCUUACUUUGAAGAUAAUUUUUAGAGGUAAUAUGAGUACCAGCAUUGUGUACUUGUUUGAAUCCAGAUGGUAAGGAGUUAUGAUUCAUGAAGUGGAUAACUGACAGUUUAAACAGUGAAUUAGGUCUCUGUAUUAACCUGGACAGAUUGUAUAUAUUAAGGGUUUGGUGCCAUCAUAUGUUAAGUGACAUACGAGUAUCCACUAGUCUAUGUUCAGGGAAAUACCAUUGCAUCAUCCACGGUACAUAUUCAGCUGGGGCUAUACCAUCCUCGAAAAUCUCCAGGGUAUACGUUCCGAUAAAUCUCCACUAGUACCCUGGAUGCAUCUACGGCUCGGCCUGAUAAUUGUAUUACCUCCCUUUGCUGUGUUUUUAUCCAAUAAGGUGUUUACGCUGGGAAAUUGAGCGUACCAAUCACAAGGCUAUCAUCAUAACUCACUUCCCUAUAUCUCUGUCACAUAGCUAGCAAACCUUCGCGGCUACGGCCGCCAUCUUUGUUGACACUGGCAAGCUCAGUUGUAACGGUUUAUCUGAUUGGCUACAGUGAGAAGGCAGAGCCAGCAAAGGGAGGUAAUACAAUUAUCGAGCCGAGCCGUACAUGCAUUCAGGUAGUGGAGAUUUAUUGGAAUGUAUACCCUGGAGAUUAUCGAGGAUGGGACUAUACACAGGAACUGGGAAUCUAAGCCAUAGUAUUUAUUGGGCCAUAUUUCUGUUACUAUCAUGUCAUCUUGCAUGUUAAACUUCUCAAAAAUAGUUUAGAAGCACUGGAUUCUUUCAUAUGACUACCAUGACAUAUCAACUUUAGUAAUAUGAAACAAUUGGGCACUUGUAAACUUUAUUUGGAGUAGUUUAGUCCAUGCUGGUUCUUAACUAGUUGCUCUUGUAAAAUGUAACAUCAUGAUGGUUGUAUCUUUGUUUCCAUGGUAACUGUUACUGUGGCAACUGGAUACACAUUAGUCGUAAGUUCAUCUGUCAUGUGG